GCUAAUUGCAAUGAGUCACAAACUCACAACUGACUAUCUAAUCAUCAGUGUUCAUAACAUUUGUCGUUCUAGUCUCUCAGCAAAUCAUCCGAAACAAUGGCAGACAAUUCUCACAACAUGACCUUCCAAGCUGGUGCGGCCAAGGGCCAAGCUCAGGAAAAGGGGAACCAAAUGAUGGACUCAGUCGCUAAUGCUGCUCAAUCAGCUAAGGACUCAAUGCAACAGGCUGGUCAGCAGAUGAUGGCUAAGGCACAGGGUGCUGCAGAUGCAGUCAAGAAUGCGACUGGCAUGAACAAAUGAAGCUGAAAGGGAAAAUAGAUUCUGUUUUUCCUGGUUCUUGCCUUCCCAAUUUUGCGCUUAGAAUAAGAAUUUGGCAUUUUUCAUGGAAUUCGUGUCUUGUCCUGUUCCAGAGCAUUACCUUAACAUGCUCCUUAGUCCUUUGUUUAGGGACUUAAUUAGGGAGGGGCUUUGGUUGUUUUUCGUUUUUUGUCUUCUUUGAUAUUCAAUGAAAGUGGAAAGACUCUGUUCAUGGUGGAUUCCACCUCAUAAUGUUCUAAAUCAAUGAAGGUUCUAUCCGAGUUUGUUCA